AUGUCUAGCUCAUCUAGCUCUAGCGAUGGUGAAAUGAUGAAGACGUUCUUUCUUAUGGGAGCUGCUGCCGUCGAGGAAGAAGUACAAGGGAAAGGUUCAACUUCAAUUCAACACAAAAGACGUACCGUGCUCCACCGAUACCGACUGGAAGGCCACAAUCGGUUGUUCCAAGAUUAUUUUGCUGACACACCAACAUAUCCUCUUCAUUAUUUUCGUCGAAGAUUCAGAAUGUCGCGUUCGUUAUUCCUUCGAAUCCACGACGCUGUCGUCGAACAUGACAAGUACUUCGUCCAAAAGAGGAAUGGUGCUGGACAGUUAGGACUAUCUAGCCUUCAAAAGAUUACUGCAGCUAUGCGGAUGCUCGCAUAUGGAGCAUCCGCUGACGCCGUUGACGACUACGUUCGGAUCGGUAAAAGUACGUCGCUUGAGAGCGUGAAGAGGUUCGUUCGAUCGAUUAUCAACAUCUUUGGGGAGGAAUACCUUCGUUCACCGACUAAUGAAGACGUUGCACGCCUGCUCGAGGAGGGUUCACAACGAGGUUUUCCUGGUAUGCUUGGGAGCAUUGACUGCAUGCACUGGGUAUGGAAGAACUGUCCAACCGCCUGGCAAGGUAUGUAUACUGGGCAUUUUCAUGAACGUACAAUUAUUUUGGAGGCCGUAGCUAGCAAAGAUCUUUGA